AGCGUCCCUGGUGUUUCCAAGGUAACCCUGUCCAGGUAAUCCUGACCAGCAGAUCUGGGCCAUGGCCUCCGGCGUCAGCAGGAGCUGGAAUGGCACCCCACCACAGAGUGAAACCCGGACGCCCUGGGUGACCAUCCUGCAGCCUCUCUCUUGGUCCGUCCCACCCCCGGCUCCGCAGCCCAGCCGCGUGAAGGAAGACUUGAUGGACCUGAUGCUGCUGCACAACGUCCAAAUGCACCAGCUUCUGCUGAGUCGUCUGACGGCCGGAGCGCUGAACCCAGAGCCGGAGUGGCCCAGCUUGCAGAGCGCGCUGGGCUCAGAACCCCAGUGGCCCAGCCUGCAGGGCUACCUGGACAGCCAACAGGAGCAGCUGGAGGUGAUGGACGUGCAGGAGGAAGGGCCUGUGGUGUUCCACCAUCACUACUUACCCCCUCUGGUGGCCCCUCUGAGCUCCCUGCAACCGUGGCCAGCCCCUUUCCUCCCGGCCCCCCUGUGCCCGUCCCACUGGCAGGGUCCACCCAGGAUCCAGCACCAGCGUCCUGCCUCCCAGCAAAGGGAGGUGAGAGCUGUGCCCCCACCCCCACCCCCCAGUGCCACCGAGACCGUGGGUGCAGACAUACCCCCAGCUUCAGACUACUAUGAUGCCGAGAGCCUACCAUGAGCACAGACAUUCACAGGGACCUGCCGGCUUCGAUGCAGGACUGCCAAUGGCCCUGGCGUGCCCGCCGCCCACUCUACUGUCAACUGACUCUGCACCCACCCUGGAGCCCGACUUUCUCCCUUUUUCCCGAUGAGACCCUCUACGCUGGGGAUAAGACCCUUCCCAUCCCACUGCAAUCUCGAGCUAGCCCGAUCUCCGUGUGAAGAGCUCCUUCAAGCCCCACCAGGGCCCAGAAAGCCAUUAAGCCCAACUCGGCUCCACUGUUUCCUACUCACACGAGAGCGAGGCCUUGGAGCUGGAGCCCUAGUGUGUCUCUGCCACUCCUCUCUCUGGGAUGGGGACGGCUUCGUCAUGAUCUUUUGGCCUGACAGUGGGACAGAAGCAGAGGAGCAUGAUUGUCUCCCAGCUCCUUAAGUCCCCCUGAGAGCAGAAUGGCAGAGGAGACGUCUGACUGGGGAGAGCCCUACAGCUGAGUCCGUUCCUCUGGACCCUUCUUUGCCUCAUGAGGUUGACCCUGUGAGCAGACAGGAGAGUCAGGGCUAUGUCCUGCUCCAAUCUAGAAUGCCUGAGGUCCCAAGGGCAGCUGGGACUAGAGUAUCCUCGGUCAUCCAAGUCCUCAGUAGGCAUCAUUGCUCCUAAUGGUGAAGAUGGAUGUCUGGGACUUGGCUGCAAAGAUUCUGGAAAGCCCUGGAAAUGAGCAGGUGAGAGGAGCUGAGGGAGACACUGUUAUCCCAGGAGCAGACAUGAAGGACACAAGGUUAAAUUCAUAUAUUUGUGUUCAGGCUAAAAAAGGAAAUGUCCCCAGAGCCUUGUACUGCUAUCACAGUCCCUCGGCCAGGGCUGGACUACACCCUGACAAGCCAAGUCGAGUUUCAGCAGCCACCAGGCUGCUGGCCAUGUGGCUCAUGCAGGAUGUGUCCGGAAGGCCCGGGGAAGCCUCCUCCAGGCAGCUAGCACCCUGUAGGUGCCCGUCCGAGUCCUGUGCCAGUGCUGACCAAAGACAAAGCAGAGCAGGACAGAUGUCACAAACAAGAAGAGCAGUACGGACACAACCGUGAUGAGGAUGACCAUCUGGCUGUCCUGCCCAGGGAGCCCUGGGGAAGAUGGAAGGGACAAUGGUCUUAGAAGCUUUCAGGUGCCAUGGCUCCCAAUUGUCCACCCAUCUCUCCCUGUCCUCUCAUCUAUUCUGUAGUUACCAUAGUUCCAGAAGACAGUGGCAUAAGGUGACUGUCUCAGAGUGACAUCUAAGAGCAAGAUAACCCAGGCUCCACGUCACCAGGCAGGGCAGACAUUCUCCUACCAGCAACUCCUGGACCCAGCGUGUGGCACACGCCAUGGCCUGGGCCAUGUCCCUCCAUCAGCAGCGCUGAGGAAGUUUCAAGCAAACUCCCUGGUGACAGGCUUCCCAGCCAGAGUUGCAGAAGAGAAGCGCUCUGGGCCCAAGGAUCGGGUCAGCCAGACUUCUCAGUGUAGGGAAGAGUUGCGGCCAGAGAGAGGACACAUUGCCUUGGUCAAGACCUCACAGCUCAGUAACAGCCAAACACCUAGUUUUGCUGCCUUGACAAUGGGAAGAGUUGGGGUCCGGGCUGGAGAAAGAACUAGGGAAGAGGGUAGGAAAAGGAGCCCUCAGGACUAAGUGUGUGCCCCAACCACCUAAAAAUGGGGCUCCUGGAUUUUCUUCCCCCAAGGAGCGAAAGGGGAAUUCGACCUCUUUCCCUCUCUACCCAAUGGAGUCCACUCACCAUAGACUUCGAGGAUCUGGGGCUCUGAGAUGCUGCGAAUGAUGUACCCGCCGUGAGGUCGCAGGUCCAGCUCAGCCUGGCAGGAGAAGCUGAGGAGGCGAUCUUCGGUGGAGGCUGUGCUGUUGAGAGUGGUGGUGGCAUCUUGUGGGGCCAAGGCUGCACCCCCAAAGGUCUGAUUUUGCAGGGUCUCCUUCCCACGGAGCAGGGUGAGGGUGAGGCUCUCAAGGGGCUUUACGUCUGGCACUGUGCACUCGAUGGUGAAGGGUUUACCCACAACCACCCGUGGGGGCUGCAGCUUCAAUAUGACCUGCGUUGGGAGCUCUGCAGGCGACAAAAGAAGGAAAUCUGCUCAGGAUGGAGGUGUGUCCCUGUAGGCCCCACCUGGCCAGGGCUUAUCUCCUGGCGCCUCUCCUAAUGUUCCAGUUCCUACCAGGACUUGUGGGAGAGGAAGAGGACUGGGAACUGGCCUGCCCAUUGUAAGAAGAGGAAGAAAGAAGCUCUUCAGAAUGAAAGAUGUGCUUGGUGUUGGUUUUGUGGACGCGAUGUGCAGAUAAGACGCAGAUGGUCAGGUGUCUAUAUAAAGAGAAGACCCAGAACGUGUACAGCCAACUGGAAAGAUACAAAAAAAUCUGGGGUCUAUCUCCCUCAAAACUAAACGCAAAUUUUGCAUUAAACAGUUGUAUAAUUAUGUUGCAAGAGACUUGGAAGGGACCGUUCAUUAGAUGUGGGCAUGUGAGGAACUGCUAUGAAGUCCCUCACUUAGGAGGCAGGGGCUGGAGCCAGACUUGCCUUGUUUCUCCAGGGUCAGCUUCAUGACCAAAGAGAUUCUUUACCUACUGAACAGGGACUGUGGUGGCACCUGGGUUCUCUUUUAAAAUAGGAUACCUUGGGCUGAGGAAAUGGCUUAGCAGUUAAGGUGUUUGCCUGUGAAGCCUAAGGACUCCAGUUCAAUACCCCAGGACCCACGUAAGCCAGUUGCACAAGAUGCAUCUGGAGUUCA